AUGGCGGUGACCAGCACCGACGAAUUUAACAAGCCCCCGAUAAGAGAAGCCUGGCUUCAAGAAAAGGCGAGGGCGCCGCCGCAGGGCAAUUACAAGAUCCGACUUUUCACCAGGGUGGAAGACGAAAAACGGGGCAAAGGUGGUGAAGCUUCGAACGGGACUCACAUGGUCAUGGGCAUUGCGAUGGUCAUGAGCGGGUGUGAGGACGCGAGGGGCGCGAGGGAAUCAACACAAAGGGCGACUACUGUGCUGCAAAUGCUCGACUGGACGCUGUCAACAUGGUCGGGAAGCCUGCUGUUCAGCGCUUCCACCCACGUGGGAGCUGUCAGCGUCUUCUACGCGUCCGACUCGACUCUGCGCAAGGUCGCCACCGUCGGCCUAAAUCUUGUCGGGUGGGCAGGUCAUGCUGCGAGGGGGCACGAGGGUGCCGGGGAUCAAGUCCAUAAAGAGAACAAGUCGGGAGCACAGCGAGUCUUACAAGAUGGAAUCAUAAGAAGCCCGUUGGGAUUGCAACAGCGAGGGCGAGAACCAGGAGAACCAAAAAGGCCGAAAGAGAGAGUGAGAGAGGACAAGAGAGAGUGA